AUGUCUCCCACACCUCCGUCGACCUCCUCAAGCGUUGGUGGAGUUUCACCUGAAGGGCAGUUUAGGGUCAUCCGAAAGAGAAAUCGGGUGCCCCUUUCCUGUGGCCCUUGUCGGCACAGAAAGUUGAAAUGCAAUCGCUCCCACCCAUGCGAAAACUGUGUCAAGCGCGGCGAUGCUCAUUCCUGUACAUACGCCCAGGCAAAUGCACGGAAGAAGAACUUAUCGCAGCAGGCUACUCCGAGUACCCCAGAUGAUAUGCAGAACAGGAUUGAUCGACUGGAAGGACUGGUUUUGUCGUUGAUGACCAAUGGAACACAGUCUGCCGGCCCAGCUGCUGCCAUGGCAGCGAUUUCGGGAAACAGCAGUGUCAGCUCAGCUCCACAAUCGAAUUCACUGGAAUUGGAUGAGGAUAUCCCCGGCGGUCCAGAGGAAAGCGAAACAGAACAGGUGACCAAGUCGUUUGGUAUCUUGAAGGUCGACAACAAUAAAUCAUACUAUAUUAGCGACGCUCACUGGGCAUCCGUCUUGAACGAUAUAUCGGAAGUCCGAAAUUAUUUUACCACCCACAAAAAGCAAUAUGAGGAGCAAGCAGCAAAGUUGAAUGCAACACGACCACCGACCGACAUACCGGGGUCGGCAUUGCUUUUUGGUGCCAUGAAACCGACAAGCCGAGGGGAGAUAAUGUCUUCACUUCCGUCAAAGUACACCACAGAUAUCCUGGUCGCUCGCUAUUUCAAUAGUUAUGACCCCGCCACUCACAUACUCCACGGCCCAGCUUUCCAAUCUCAGUAUAACAAACACUGGGAAGAUCCUUCUCAAACCUGCAUUGUCUGGAUAGCCUUGCUGUUUGCUAUGAUGCGACUGGCGAUGCUGUCAUAUAACCACAAAGGAGAUGAGCCACCGGAGUUUCGAGGGAAGUCUAUGGACAUGGCGGGAAAUUUCCGGAAUCUUAUGGCGCAAUGCUUGACAUUGGCAGAUUAUACUAAACCCUAUCCAUAUUUGAUUGAAACAUUAGUCUUCCACCUACAUGGGGACUUUUGUCAAACGAGGGAAGCUAACGUGUCGGUUUGGGUUCUUGUGGGUGUCAUCGCGAGGCUGGCAAUGCGAUCAGGAUAUCAUCGGGAUUCUAAGAUGUUCCCUAACAUUUCGCCAUUUCAGGGUGAGAUGCGUCGUCGAGUAUGGACCUUUGUGCGUCAAGCAGAUCUACUGUUCUCGUUCCAGGUGGGACUGCCUAGCAUGAUUCGCUCUGCAGACAGUGACACAGAACUUCCCCGAAAUCUUUACGAUGACGAUUUCGAUGAAGAUUGCCAGGAACUUCCACCAUCACGGCCGCCAAACGAGCCUACACCGGUCUCUUAUUUGAUUACAAAAGCACGCCUCACAUACGUUUUUGGCCGUGUGAUUGAACAUACGUCUUCUAUCCAAAGUGGAUCUUACGACAACGUUAUGGAAAUAGACACUGAGCUUCGCCGAGCAAGGGACCUUAUCCCUGAGCAUCUCAUAGUCCGUCCUAUCGAAGAAUGCCAGCUGGAUCCGUCGAACCUCAUCAUAUCACGAUUCGCUGUGAUGAGCGUCUACUAUAAGGCCCAAUGUGUGCUUCACCGACCAUAUCUAGUCCGGGCACGUGAAAACCACCGGUUUACAUACUCCCGAAGAAUGUGCAUUGAUUCUGCUAUGGAACUACUCCGAUUCCAGGCAAUGCUCCACCAGGAGACAAGACCCACUGGUCGCUUGAGAGGCAGACAACACCGGGUCACCUCACUCACCUCUGGGGAUUUCCUCCUCGCCACGACUAUCGUCUGUCUUGACCUGCAUCAGGGAGCCCAGUUGCAAGCAGCGGGUAGACCAUCCGGUGACACCUAUGCCUGGGGUAGGGAGCGCCGUGAUGAAAUGCUAGCGGCGAUCCAGCGCUCGAAGGAGAUAUGGGAUGAUCUUCGAGACGAGACCUUAGAGGCCUGGAAGGUUGCGGGAAUUCUUGAAGUGAUGAUUGGAAAAUUGAAUAUAGGACUCCCUGGAGUUGAACCAAACGCUCCCAUGUCAACUUUUGAACCGCAGGACGAGAAGCAAAGCGCCGCAAUGACACUAGGCUUGCUUAGUAGCGGGAUGAGCCCCAUGAAUGCAGGCCCUCCUACUUUCAAUGACCCGGCGUUCAAAAUGGCGGAACCACCGUUACCGACAGGGGGGCUAGGAACGACAGCAGAGAUCCCAGACGCCCCUUCACCCUUUAGCAACAUGUUUGGGCAGAUGCCUGAUAUGCAGUCGAACCUGGAUUGGGAUGCCUGGGAUACAUAUAUCCAGAAUUCGACCCUUGAUACAUCGAAUCAAUGGUGGCCAAUGAUGGAUUUACAGCAGCAGCAACAGCAGCAGCAGCAGCAAGCACAGAGCCCUCUGUCUCCUACUCGGUUAUCUGCUGUACAAAAUGCAGCUGCGGAUGGAACUCGCCCGACGUCUCGCCUUCCUACCAUCUUUCCACCGCAGAACUCAGGCUAUGAUAGCAAUGGCUCGCCAUUGCCUGGAAUGUUCAAUGCCAAUCCUUCGCAACAACCAAACGGCGGUGGAAGGGGCCAAGGCAUUUUGCAUUGUAUUCGGCGAGCUGCUCUUCGUCUCCCUUCGCCGGUGUCGGACCCAUUGCGAUCAAAAACGUUUGCUGUGUCCAAGUUCUUUCCUUCGAUCCUUUCGCGUCAAUCCUCGCCAAGCCCUCUCAAAAUCAGAUGGAACAGCUACGAUACCCGGGGGCACCUUAAACCAAGGCAGGAUGAAGAAGAAACAAAAAAUGCGGAUUAUGCGUAUGAGGUGGCAUCCUUAAUGAGGAAUUCUGAGAGUGAAUAUACCGAUAUUGAAGCAGGCGCAAAGGGGAAGAGAGGAGAAGAAGCAGAAUAUGCACCCGUUUCAGAAACUUACUCGAAACGCCUGCGGCUCUUGGACAAUACAAUUGAUCCCAAUGAGACGAUUUUUGUCGGCAAUAUUUUCUACGAUGUGACUGCCGAUGAUUUGAGGAACCAAAUGGAGAAGUUUGGUAUUGUGGAAAAGGCAGUGAUUGUGUUUGACAACCGGGGAUUGAGCAAAGGAUUCGGCUACGUUAAGUUCGAUUCGGUUGAGGCUGCCAAAGCGGCCGUUGAAGCGAUGCACUUGCGAGUAUUCGAAGGACGCCCCCUAACUGUCAGCUUUGCGCGUACCACUCUUGACUACCGAGCUCCCCGCAAUCCCCCAUCUCGGACACUUUAUAUUGGAAACAUUUCGUUUGAUCUCUCUGAUCGGGACCUAAAUUCCCUCUUCAAAGAUAUUUCAAACGUCAUUGACGUUCGGGUGUCGGUUGAUCGUCGAACGGGACAGCCCCGGGGGUUUGCCCACGCUGAAUUCACCGAUGUCGAGAGUGCCGAAGCUGCAUUCGAAAUUCUCAGCAGAAAGUCACCCAAUGGCAGGAUGCUGCGCGUCGAUUACAGUCUGGAUCAGAAACACCGUUCGGGGUAA